CUUGUAUAUAAAUUCUCUCAAAGUGCACUCAAAGGAUCUAUCUGAAGAAUAUUAAUCAUCUUGUUCCUCUUAUUCUUCAUCUCCAUCUCUGCAAUUCUUAUUGUUCGAAUUCUUCUCUCCAGAAUUCCCACAUGGAGCUUAAAUAAUUCUCGGAAAUAAUCCUUGAAUUAUUCCAAUUGAUAUCAGAGCGACGUUCGCUAGCAAAUAUUCUGCCAUUAAAAUGUAGCUCAACUACUACUUCAACACUCUAGCUAAGAAAGUAACGGUAGUGGCUCUUUCAUUAUUCAUGGAAGAUUAUGAAAGGCCUACCAUCAUAGAAGAAAGGAAGUGACAGGCAUGUUACGUUAAUGCUGGCUAAACUACUAAGCUACGUAUUUAAUCUAAACACAAUGUUUUUAAAGAGAUAUGAUCACAUAGAAAGAACUCAUGCAUGUAGUUAAUGCUUAUGAAGAAAAAUAUACGUAGCUUUGUUUUUUGUGUGCUCAAAAGCAUCUUUUCUCUUUAAAAACAUUGUGUUUAGAUUAAAUGCGUAGUUUAGUAGUUUAACCAACAUUUGGUAUCAGAGCCUCAUUCAUCGAGGUCCGAGUCGCCAUCGUCAUCAAGCUGCGUCACGAGCGAUGGAGAAAGGUAUGCUGCCUGGUAAGUUGCGCCAUAGGCGGCAAGAAGGUGAUGGUCAUGGCGUGGAGGCCAUUGUCAUGAGGAGUUCUUCGUUCAUGUUUGAGUCAUCGAGAAGUUGCGUCAUCGGCGGCAACAUGGAGGCAGGUCACCGGCAAGUUGCGGCAUCGAGGAUGAACAUGUGCGGGUCGUCGACAAGGUGCAUCAUCGGCGGCAACAUGGAGGAGAUUCACCGGCGAGUUGCGACACUGGUGGCAAACAUGCGGCAUCGAGCAUAUCAUGGGGGGCACACUCGCGAUAAAGGCGUAGGAGGUGCGAGCCUCUCGUCGAGGCCAGCGUUGAUGGUGGCAAUCGGCGUGACAAGAGAUGGCACGGGCGGUGAUUGCAUCGACGUAGGAGGUGCGAGCCUCUCGUCUACGUGUUGCAUCGACGACAAUGGUUUCAAGAGGGAAAUAAAUAAUAACAAGAUUUGGGAGGUGAUUGUUGGAACAAAUCUUGUUAUUAGUGUUAAAUCUAGUUGAUUAGAUUGUGUUUUAAUUUGUGGCCAAGUAGUGUGCGUCGCAUCUCGCAUGACACCGUGCAUGUGUUGUAGCGGCACUGAUGUGCGUAUGUGUCGUUGCAUUAGUAUUAGUCUAAUUUGGGUCAAUUAGUUAAGUUGGUCAAUUAAGUUAUUUACAUGCAUGUAAAUGGUAGGCAUUCAUGCAUGGGUGUAGAACAUGGAGUCAUGGGAAGUUAGUUAUUUAAAUUACUUAGUGGCGUGUGUGUAGUGCUAGGUCGUGUGAGUGGCUAUUUAAGUCAUGUAAAUCUGUUUGUUUUAGGUGAAGAAAGAUCAUGCUUUGAGCAACAACA